AUGGAGAACCAGGUUCUGCGUCCAGGGUCUGACGGGCCUUCGGCCGGAUCAGGGGCCGAGGGAGCCGAGAAGGAUCCAAAUGGGAAGAAGCCAAAGUUGUCCGCUGCCAACCGGAAGAGAACAAAGACUGGUUGCCUGACCUGCCGAAAACGAAGGAUCAAGUGCGACGAAGGUCGUCCCACUUGCAAUAACUGCAUCAAGUCAAAGAGGGCCUGCGAAGGCUAUAGUCAGAGGGUUGAUUUCAAAGAGCAUGCCGGCUCACAUCAUUUCCCGGAUGCUUACGGCCAGUAUGCAUACGCCAAUACUCCCAACCAUCAGCAUGCUGGUCAGCGUCAGCUGGCACCACAUCCAGGGCGACCUCAGCCACAACUCGCCAUGAUAGCCCCCAGGCCGCCGUUUCAAUCAGACUACCACCAUCUGCCACAUGGCUCCCAGCACGACCCAUCGUCCUUGUCGUCAUCUGUGGCAGGUCCAAGUACGUCACUGCCCAUCGAUGCUGGCGUCUACCCAUUCCCAUCCGGUUCAGGCGCUGCUCUCGCAGCUUUCCAUCAAACAGCAAACCCCUCCUACUCCAAUAACCUAUCUUGUACAGACCCUGCUCCUACCUACUGUUCCGCCGCGCACCUCGAUGCCACUAGCCAAGAUGCCCCUCACGGAAUACCCGCUCCGGUUUCUGAACCGGCAACUUACCAAGAACACCAACCGAGCAGUGAUGAGGACGGCUCUAUAGCAGAAUCGGAUGACCAAGGCUUCAAUCCAGGUGUUGUGGCGCCGAUAGCUUCCGGGGCUGAGCUCCAGAGAUCCUGGGACUCGAAUCCCCGAUCCUUUGCCUCGUACACCGAGCGCUACACUCUCGGACAGUAUAUGGCCACGCCCCAUGCGACCGAGCUGAAGGAUGACGUCAAGAGAAAGCUGUUUGAGCACUUCAUCCGAGUUACCGGUCCAACAAUGUCCCUGUAUGAACGUCACCACUUUGGUACCGAAGAGAAGGAUCUGGCCGAUGCGGAGCCCGUAGCAGGCCGAAAUAUCUGGGGCUGUAAGUCAUUGAAGCAUUACGGGAAGGAUGAUACUGCUUCAACGGGUUUACUGACAGACUCGGGGGUAGAUACAAUGCCUCUGAUGUCCUUGCAGCAUCCCGCACUUCUCCACGCCAUGCUUGCUCUGUCGAGCUUGCAAGUGUCCAAGAUGCAGGAGACACCGCCCACCGCCGCCCAUAAGCACUACCACAUCGCACUGAGGCGUAUAGCCAAGAACGUGGGGUCCUACACUAAGAGGCUGGAGAUGGCGACCGUUGCUGCAACACUGCUGCUGGCCUAUUUCGAAUUGUGGAACUCGGACCACACCAAGUGGUGCAGUCAUCUGUACGGAGCUAGGACACUCUUUGCAGAGAUGCCCCUGAGGGCCAUGGCGAAGAAAUUCCUCCCCUUCAAGAGCCUCAAGUCCAAGCAGAAGAUCAUGAAAAAUAUGGGCAUGGGUGCUAUUGGGGGUCCUCUUCCCAAGGACCCAAACAUGCUUGAUUUUGAGUUCCUGAGCACCAUUACGGGCUUUCAUGUCGUGGCUGAAGACUUUGGUCUCGGUGAGGAUGAUAUUCUUCGAAACAUCGGGGCCUCUACAACAGAGAAGGAGGCAGAUGAAUUUGAGAACCUUCGUGACUUGGUCUGGUGGUUCUGCAAGCUGGACGCCUAUCAAGCAAUUCUUGGCGGUGCGAAGCCAUUCAUGGAGUAUGAAGACUGGAUACAGAUACCCCCCCGGGCACCCAUGUCGAGACUGAACUGCGUAUAUGGCACGUACGACCACUUGAUGCUCCUACUCGCCAGGACAGCAACUUUCAACUCCAAGGAUAUGGAACGGAAAAAGAGGGCGCGCCAGGCCAAGGGAGCUCCUCCCCCGCCGCCCGGGGCCUCCCCCCCACCAUUCGUUGGAAUGUUACCCACCAAAGCCACAGUGCCGCCCCCCAUGGGAUUCAGUCCGCCGCAGCAGGCGUCGACACACGGCUCACCGGGAUCCGAGGAAACAGAGGAGGACUUUGCGGAGAGCUACCGGAAGGCCCUGGAGGAGUGGGAGGACAUCCGAUAUGGUCUGGAGGCGUUCGAGAGCCGCCUGGGCGCCGACUUCAGGCCCCUGGCCCGCGAAUUCACCGACCGCAGGGACCGGCCGUUUGGUCAGACCAUCCAGUACCGGACUUAUUCGGUCGCAGGUAUCUGGAUGAACUACUAUGCCGCCCUCAUCUCCCUGCAGCGGAGCCAUCCAGACAUGCCGCCGGCCGCCAUACAGGCAGCGGGUGCUUCGGCACGGCAGACGGCCAAGUAUGCCAAUAUGAUUGGUCGCAUUGCCGUCGGGCUGUCGGGCGAUUGCUCGGAUGUGAAGGACAUCAGCACAGUCUUGGCUGCGGCUUUCCUCGAAAGCACCUUUUGCUUAUUUGUAGCUGCCAUUCAGGUAUGUGAACCUCACCCGAGUCACACCGCGCCCCUUGCCUCUCGUUCUCGUGCUAACAGCGUCGAGCAGUACCAAGACGAUGAGCAGAGGAGAUGGAUCAUCCAGUGGAUGAACGAUGUCACUCGCUUGACAGGGUGGCAGACGGCCCGGCAGAUUGCAGUAGGGUGCGAGUCCAUGUGGAUCAAGACGGCUCAGAUGGGUCGUGGUCCCCCCUACGCCCGGUCCGUCUACUUCGACACAGACAACGAUAUGGCAUGGGAUACGUCUCGACGUAUAGAAAGGAGAAUUCACGAAGCGGAGCGGACAGAGACGAGGUUCGUUGUGGCCAGGACCGACAGGGCGCACUAUGCGCUUGGACUGCUGGGGGUGGAGGAGGAUCUGGCGGCGCUAGAACUGAGAGAUGACGCGUUCAGUAUGAGGAAGGAUUAA